AUGGAUUAAAGAAAUCAUGAAAUACUUGAAUUAAAAAUGACAUUUUUAAGUUGUAUGAAGAAUAGUAAAUAUUAGGAGGCACAUGUUAUAAUUCAAAAAAGUAAGAUACUAUUGAAUAUACAUAAUAGUAUUAAAGAUAGAUCCUAACAAUCCAUUAAUUGGAAAAUGCAAUAAAUUUUUAUCUGAAUUUAAGACAAAAUUGGAGGAGAAAGAAAAAGAAUUGAAAGAAGAUGAAGAAGAAGAAGAAGAGGAAGAUUAAUAAUAAUAAGUAGAAGAUGAAGAAUCAGAUGGAGUUGAUCCUAAUGAUGUACCUGAUUUAGAAGAAGAGUUAGGAAUUUAACAUAAUGAAGUAGAAAUCUAAGAGAGAAAAAAACGUUUAUUUCAGCUAUUAUAAAAUGUUGAUUCUGGGGAUAAAGAAGCAGUUUUAGAUGCAAUAAGAAAAUCAAAAUAAUAAAAAUGA